CCAAGAAGAUCUUCCUCGCAAGCUGCUGCAGAAGCAAUCUAAAGGAAACCUCGGACCUUUUUUAAAUAAAUAAAUAAACAAACACAAAAUGGCAAGUGAUGGCCCCGCCCCCAAGUUACCGCCUCAUUUGUGGGACAUAUCACGCUUGCAAACGGCGGGCCGAAGGAACGCACGGAAUAUAAAAAUAAUAAUGCCACAAGCCUGACAAGUAGUCCGUUAGAGAAACAGCUAACGAGGUUGUAAGUGCAUACGGAAAGCACUGGUAGCGUUCCCUGCACAGAACGGGGAACGAGGCCGGAAGAAGAAAGCAGGCACUAACUGCGCUCCAGAGAAUAAAAUGUCAAGAGGGAGACUAGAAGUCGCAGUUAAAACCUCCACAGUGCUUACAGACUAAGGUGUAGUAAAUCCAGUCUUCAGUAAGGAGCUCACGAGAGGCUGGCCGCGAGGUGCGCACCUUAGCUGCGGUGCGCGCAUCCCUUCUGUUUAUGCAGACGUUGCAGCCUGCCCUUUGCAGUUUUGUCUUACAACUGCUGGUGGAAAAGGGAACGUUUCCAAAAACUCUUGUCAUUCGCCCCUUGGUACUGGAAUAAGGCAGACGCAGGCCCAUGUUAAAGACUUUGCUUCUGGACACUAACAGACUAGUUAAAAGCUGAUGCACCGAAUUCUUCAUUUUCAAGUGGAGAGAUGUACAUUUGCUUGGAACAAAAUUAUCUAAGCCCUUUCCUUUUUCUUUUAUUUCAGUGCUGACUGAUCAGAAGCAGGAAAGGCAGUGCGCUGUCAUUACGGCCCAUGUGAACUGGCAGCAUCUCAAGAAAGAUAUAAACAGUCCAAUGACAGCGCCUGCAUGAGCCUUGUAUACUGCAUUCAGUUUCUGGGACGUAUGCAAGUGAAGGGCUGCUUGCAUUUAGAUAAUUAGCAGGAUCCACAGCUUUAUUCAUCCUGAUUGUGUCUGUUAUUUUUGGACCUGAAAAUUCUGUGGGGUGAAUGGUAGCCUGAGUAUUGGAAAUAAAUAGCUUUGUUUAACUAUGCAUACUGUGCCCCCUGUUUCGCUGUCUGAAAAAUGGAAUGAACAGCUUCUUAACUUUGGAAACAAUGGACACCCUUAAACUAUCUGAUUUAGAGGAUUUUUUUUUGCACAGUAAAACCUUCUGUAUCGAUAUUGAUUUUUUUCACGUGAUGUCAGGAGGAUCUCGUUUGGGAGACCUCUGAAUGUAUUUUUUUGCAUACCAAAACGAGUUCACUUUGUUUUCUGGCCAGUCAUUAAAUUGGUAUUGGCUGCCCAUUCACAUAAUUUGGAAUAGAAAGCCUCUUGCGUUAUUGUACUGGUGGACUACACUAUCUGUUCCCAAAUUAAAUGGGCUGAACUUUCUGGGAGCACUUUGCUUCUGGGAUUGCACGUUUUGACGCUUUAUGCAUUCCAUAGUACAUAGCUUGAUUGAGUUUUGAAGUCCACUUUUAAGGACUAAGGACUUUUGUGAAGCCAUUUACCAAGUCAUUAGCUAAUUGGACAUGUUUUUUUUUUUUUUUUUUGAAAAGGAAACCUAACUGCAUUCUCUACUAAGGACUAAAACAGGCUAGCACGCUUUUAUUAUGGACUUCUGUUGGCUGUAAAUUGUAAUAUUCACUGUGCGUCACCUUGUAGUUUAGCUACAGUUGUGGUAAGCUAAUUAUCUGGGCUUUGUAAAUAAACUUGGUCUGGUCCAAGUUAAAUGCGUUGGCCACUUGGUUCAAAGACUAGAGGCAGUCCAGUUGCUUUAUUUGGGCCCUGUAUCAUUGGGAUUAACAAAGCGUUUCCUGACAACCGUUUCUCUUGGAGUGGGAACUACCAUUGUCGGGGGGCCCGAACAAAUCCUACGGAGAUGUAAAGCACCAGCCAUUAACGGAUUAUUAUACUUGUUGGGAGGUAACAGCCUAGUAAGUACUACUAGCCAUCAGUUGCCUCCCACUGUUGAGCGCACCAUGGAGCGGGACGCCAGGGCACUUCUGAAACGACCAGACGAGACGGAGUGGGGGGACCCUGCUGUGUACGGUGGUCCUGUAAUGUCCGGAAGCUGUGGCCGCGUGAGACCCUCGUCUUACCGCGCGCUGCGGAGUGCAGUGUCCACACUGGCUCGGAUCGAUGACUUCUAUUGUGAGAAGAUCGGCGCAGGCUUCUUCUCUGACGUCUUUAAGGUGGUACAUCGACAAUCAGGGCAAGUGAUGGUACUGAAGAUGAACAAACUGAUGAGUAAUCGAGCGAACAUGCUACGAGAGGUACAGCUCAUGAAUCGGCUGUCUCAUCCAAACAUUCUUGGGUUCAUGGGAGUUUGUGUUCACGAAGGGCAGCUUCACGCUUUAACAGAGUACAUAAAUGGAGGUAACCUGGAACAGCUCUUGGGCAGUAAUGUAUAUCUCGCCUGGUCCACACGGAUAAAACUGGCACUUGACGUUGCCAGAGGACUCCAGUAUUUGCAUUCAAAGGGUGUCUUUCAUAGGGACCUCACAUCAAAGAACUGCUUGGUGAAGUCUGAUGAGAACGGUUACACGGCAGUAGUGGGAGACUUUGGCUUGGCUGAGAAAAUUCCCAAUUACAGUGAUGGAGUGGAGAAGGAGCGCCUCGCUGUGGUGGGAUCUCCAUACUGGAUGGCUCCUGAAGUCUUGAGAGGGGAACUUUAUAAUGAAAAGGCUGAUGUAUUUGCUUACGGAAUCAUUCUAUGUGAGAUAAUUGCUCGAAUACAGGCCGAUCCAGAUUAUCUUCCUCGCUCUAUGGACUUUGGUUUGGACGUGGAAGCCUUCCAGCAAAUGGUUGGAGAUUGUCCUCCUCCUUUCCUUCAGCUCGCCUACUGCUGCUGCAACAUGAAUGCGAUACAGAGGCCGUCAUUUACAGAGAUUGUUCAGCGGCUUGAGGAAAUUCUGGAAGAACAGCUGUGUGACGGCAUCCCAGUGGCAGAGUUGCAUAGUGGUGAUGAGGAAGGUGCCUUUUCAGAGACAUCUCCUAUCCAUGAAGGGGAAAUAAUCGGUACCGUUGUGCAGAAGGAAGAACAAUUGUGGAGCAAUCUCCGACCACACCGUGACCAGAGACUUUCCCGCAGCCAGUCAGACAUGUUCCCUCCAAAGUCUCCUACAGUGUUAAGAGUUCGGGAUCCAUAUGGCAGUCCAAAGACGCUUGUUCGUGCAAAUCCAUUUUCAGAUAGAGAGGACCUGAAAGGCGGAAAGAUCAAGUUCUAUGAUACUCCUAGCAAGUCUGUAAUCUCCCUUACAUUUGACUUGCCACACCCAAAUUCAUACCAGGUGACAUCACCUGUGACCCCUGAACCUAUGAUGGAGUUCAGAUACCCACCACCUGAACCUGUGGUCCUCACUCGGAAGUGCAAGUCGCUUCCAGCUUCACCCAACCUUCCUCGCAAUCAGAACUUUAUGUCAGAUUUAGAUCAGUCUUGGGGACCAGGUUGGGAAAGAAGAGACAGUCCAGAAAGCCAACAUAAAGCUAGCAAUAAAAACUUGGAACAUGGUGGUAGUUUGCUUCCUGCACUGGAGUCUGUAGAGAAAGCUGAGGAUUUAUAUUCUCCAAAGUCCAGUGAUGUGGAACCAAUGGACUGCAGCAUCAGCCCUGACAGCACUGCUGGGGACAUUUUUUCUGAGGGACCACUGAAACCAUUCACAAAUGGAAACCUUACAACUAUUUCCUCUUCAGCAAGUCACUGGAAUACAGAAUCUGAUACUAUCAGCAGGCUGGCCUACAAUAAUAACAAUGUUGUUGUGAGUAAGCCAAGUAGGUGGUAUAGAUUUGAUUGUCCUGUGGCAGAAAGAAAUAUGGGGUGUAACUUUUCAGAGAUCAGCAUUCCAAACUCUGUGACAUUUGAGAGACCAGAAAAUGCAAGCACCUUCCAGCUGAACAACUCCACCUCAGUGCUUGACCAGGAAGAAGUCAUUUCUUGUCCAGGCUGUUGCUUGGGUAGUCUCAGCUUCUCCUCUGUGUGUUUCCGGCCAUCAUCAAACUCAUCCGGUUACCAAAACCUGAACUGUGAGUCCAAAACCUUGAUUUGCAGAAGUAAGGAGAAAUCCAAAGGACCCAUAAGUUCUGGGCCCCAGGCUGAGCCCAGUUUAAAAUUACCUGAAGCACAGUCUUAGCUGAACUGAGCAAGGAACUGGUUUCUUCAAGAAAGAUAUAAAAAAGCACUUUGUACUGCUGAAAAGUGUUUGUUGGGACAGCUCCGUUAGUCACUGUUCUUUCAAAGUUGUCAAAGCAUCAUUAAGUUGUCGACUUAAAAGUUGUGAAGCAGUUUCCAUGCCCAAUAUUACUCAUCUUGCCAGACCAUAGGUCCUAGAAGUUGGUGGGCUGCACAACAGAUAUUUUAAAAUGAUGUACCUUAAUUGCUCUGCUCUUAAAACAUAAAUGUAUUCAUUUUUUUUUUGGGGGGGGGGGCUGCAUACAGUAGAACGAAGCAGCAUUUAUAUUUCUUGUUGUUUUCAUUUUACACACAUUUGUGAAGUGUCAUUUAAACUGAGAAGCAAGGUUGUGUGUGUCAAACAGCAAUAAUUUUAGAAUGUGUGGUUUCAUUAAAAGCGAAAUACGCUCUGAAUUCAUUAAUUGUGUGUGGGAGGUGGAUGCAGACAGAAAAUGGUUAAAGAUUUUAAAGUUUCUGAUCUCUAUAAAUUAGUUCAGCAAAUGUAGCGACAGUUAAUCAGAUCACAGCUUUGUGAGUGUGAUUUGACAAGACUGUCUCUUCAAAAGUAUUUUCUUGAAAAACAUUGGUUGGAGGAUAUAUAUAUAUUUUUUUUUUUGAAGUGGCAUUGCCCCCUACCUCUCCCAAACAGGGGUUUCUAAUUCUCACUCCAGCAUCCUGUAAGUAUAACUAAUUCAGUCUAUGAAUUCAAAACAUAUGUGUAGAUUUGCAGCACUCUAUGGGAAAGAAGAUUUUUUUUAUUAAAACUGUCCUUCGCUUUCAGACAAUGUUUCAUCGAAUCACAACUCUUGUGAUUCAACCACUUUCUGUUUGCCUUGUUAAAUUAACACCUUUUGGUAAUCUUUAAUUUAAAAAUAAAUGUAGUACGUAAUGUACAGCAGUGAAAAGGCUUUAAUUUAAAAAUAAAUGUAGUACGUAAUGUACAGCAGUGGAAAAGAAGAAAUUUUUACAGAUAUGAUGGAGGAAACCAUUUCAGUACAUUUAUUUGUCCAUGUACAUUUAAUUCAACUUUAGUUCCCUGAAUAGUGUCCAUUGUAACUUAACACGUGGCAUACAGAUGUGGUGUCUCUAUUUGCGUAAUCAGUUUGGGCAUUUAAAGUAAGUAUUGGGGAAAGAAACACUGAUAGGCCAGCAUGCUUCUCUUGUCAGGUCUGGUACCACAUUGAGUACCACUGCACUCUUGCAUUUAAGAGGAAAAUUCAUUGGAAAGCUUUUACAGUUUUAGUUAUUACACACAAAAACGUAAAUUUAUUUUAAUCAGUAUGAGUUUUGAAAUUGUGAAAAAUUUAGAAGUUUGUAUGUUAUUUCAUUGUACUGUUAGAGAGGAAAUCUAACUUUCACAAGUUAAAGUGAAACUUUCCAAAUGGAAAAGCAAGCAGAAAAUUUAUUUUGAGUUGAUUUUCCUCAUAAUGCAUUUGCAUCAUACAUUGUGAAUUACUACCAUAGGAUUGACAAAAGUCCCCCCCACACACAAAUUUGUUUAUUUCUUGAACAAAGGGGUUUUCUUUUUCAUCCUUUCUUUUCUUAUUAAAGUGUAAAAUAUUUGCACGUAGAAGCCCACAUAGUAUAACAAUCACAUAGUCACAUUAGUUUUUUCUCACAGCUGGCACAUGAACUGCUUAAGCAUUCUUACAGUACCUUUUCCCCCACAGCUGACGUGUACUGUAUUUGACAGAUUUUUUUUUUUUAAUUUAAUAUUUCCUACAACUGACAUGGGGGGUUUUCACUUUCACCUUGUUUUCUUAUUGAAGUGCAAAAUGUUUGUGCACAGAAACUCACAUAGUAAAACAAUCACACAGUCACAUUGGAAGUUUUUCCCCCACAGCUGGCACAUGCACUGCCCCAAGCAUGUUUUUACAGUACUUUGUCCCCCCAACCCCCCACAGGUGACGUAGUAUGUACAAGAGUUUUUUUUUUUGUUGAAUUUAAUAUUUCCCACAGCUGACACAUGAAGUGCACAUAUUGAAGAACAGCUGUAUGAAACAGAUGUUAAAUAAUUGGUAAAACAAACGGUUACAGUUCUCUUAUUAUUCCCAAGUGUUACCAGAGAGGUCUGUCAAAUCAGUCAUUCUCUUUCAUGUUGCAGGAAUUAUUUUUUUUUUAAAUUUUUUGUUUGACUACUGCCCUCUUAAUGUACAGUAUAAGAUUCCACUGUCACACUGCACUGCCGUUCUCACUGGAUUACAUUUGGGCUAUGGAUACUUGGAUGCAUUACCUAAUAAUACCUUCCACAAGCAAGUCAUUAACCAUGCUGCAUGCAAGUCUGUUUUGUGCACACCAGUUUAUCACUUUUUUCUUCCUAGGUUAUUAUACAGUAUACACCAAAGAUGUAAUGGCAUAAAAAGCAGGAAGAAAUGUUGUCCUUCUCACUUAAAUGGCUUGGGUAUGAGUGUUUCACUUGAUUAUAGUACUCUGUGGUUUACUAAAACUUAUUGGUGAUUUAGAUUCAUAAUAUUUGAAAACAAUGUCUCCUAUGUUGUCAUUAUGAAAAAAUACAUUGUUCAUUGCAGAGUGAAUUCGUGUGACAUAGAUAGGGCCUUGGGUAUGACUGAAGAGUUCAGAGUGCAUAAUAGCGAUCUGUUUUUUUGCUGGAAGUCACCCCCAGUGCGGGCUGCAGCACUGCCUUGGAGCAUUCCAGUAUUUUGUUAACCAUGGACAGCUCCUUUUCACACUGAGUAUGUAAAACUGGCAGUUUAGUAGCAAAGCACUAUAUCAUAGCAAUGUUUCACUUAAAAUGGCACUGCUUCAUUUUCUCUGUUGUUCUGCUUUGAAAGAUUACAGUGUGUUUUUAGUGUUUUAUUCAUUUCAGAAGCCAUUAACCUUUGAGAGCUAUGAACUCUGUGUAUUUGUGGCACCUACAUUUGCUUUAUAAUAUGGGAUAAGAGACCUUUCUAGCCAUAAGAUACUUGCAAGCUAAAGAGAAUGGUUAACUAUUGUAUAGUAUUUCCAAGGUGGUUGCCACAUCAAAAGCAUUUUUUUCUGCCAUUGUAAAUUUCACUGUUAAAAGAUAAAAUUUCCCAUAUAGUAGCAAACAACUGUUAAUAUGUUGUAUGCAUUGCACUGGUGAUUUACACUAUUUUUCCAAUGAAAAUUAACGAGACAAAGACUAAUAUUAGUAAUAUAUAAAAUGUUUAUUUAAAAAAGUUUGAAUUGAAUGUAACAGUGUUGGAAUUCAGGGAAUCAUGAAUGUAUAUUUUGUUACAGAAAAGCCAAGAGUAUUUUUUUUUCCUGUUUCAGUUGCAGAUACUUUUGGAUACAAUUUUUUUUUUAUUUAAAAUCUAAUAAAUCAGCUUAUGUGAAAAACAGGAA